CGGAGCUUCUUGCUGUGGGCUCCUGAUAGGCCUCACUGAGGGCGACAGAGUCCCACACUUCCUGGUAGCCGCCCCCCCCCUUCCUCCGAAUCUACUACCGGUCCGAGCUGCGGAUGUGUGAUGCAACUAGCCGUAAGGAUAUUUUCCGAACUUGACACUGCAAUCUUCGGUUACAGUUUUCCGAUAGAAAAUCAAAUGCUCAACGACAGUUUGGAUUAGCGCCUCCGUGUUUGUUGUUCGCCGCUUUUUAUUGGGUUAAACUUUAAUUUUGCUCAGUCUUCUUCGCUAGCUAAAGUUAGCUAGUAAGGUCGCUAGCAGCCGAUGAGUUGUGUUUGAUUUCUCUCUUCGUGUGAAGGACUAUUCGCUUCGAGUUCAGCCUCUCGUCUUCUCCCAUUCGUAAGCCACAAACCCCAGCCACUUGGCCUCCCUAUGUGUAUAUCUUGAAGCGCUGGGUGCCGGCGGAGUCACCCCACCUGCACCUUCUCGUUUAGUGGAUCUAUCUUUAAAUGGCCACCGCCGCCCCCCCACCAGGCUCCGGCUCUGGCUCUGCUGCGGCCACUGAAAACCCGAACCCCGGAUCCAGCAGCUCGACAGCGGCCGACAGCGGCAGCCAGGACAGCACGUUCGAGUGUAACAUAUGUCUGGACACCGCCAAGGAUGCGGUGAUCAGCCUGUGCGGACACCUCUUCUGCUGGCCUUGUUUGCAUCAGUGGUUGGAGACCAGACCCAACAGACAAGUGUGUCCAGUGUGUAAAGCUGGCAUCAGUCGAGACAAAGUUAUCCCCUUAUAUGGGCGGGGAAGCACGGGUCAACAGGACCCCAGAGAAAGAACACCCCCCCGACCACAAGGGCAAAGGCCUGAGCCUGAAAACCGUGGUGGAUUUCAAGGAUUUGGCUUUGGAGAUGGGGGAUUCCAAAUGUCAUUUGGAAUUGGUGCCUUUCCAUUUGGUAUUUUUGCUACGGCUUUUAACAUCAAUGACGGAAGACCUCCUCCAGCGGCCCCUGGGACGCCACAGCACACGGAUGAACAGUUCCUGUCUCGACUCUUCCUGUUUGUCGCUCUGGUGAUUAUGUUUUGGCUGCUGAUUGCAUAAAUGCAUGGGGAGACAACUUAUUGGGUUAAGUCAAAAGAUAUGACAAAGAUAAAGGCAUUAAGGAAACAUCUUCACAGUUCGUGCCAACGUGAUUCUGCCUCCAUGAAUGUUUUGUUUUCUUGAUUCUUUUUUUUUUCUUUUCACCUAGCCAUGUGAGAUUUGAAUGAAGCAGGUUUUUCAACUGUGCUAAAUCUAAGAAAAACAACUUAAUUUGAACCACGUAAUGGUGGUUGCCAUUGUCAUUAGGCCUUUUUCACACCUGACAUUCUGAAUUGUCUUAGGAGGAAAAGUACAGGACUAAUAAUAUUACCAAUGACUCUUUUCUAUAAAAUAUGACAGUGUGACAGUUAA